GGGGAGGCCUCAGCACCGAGGGUCAAGCAAAUAUUUGAGGUUAUGGAUUAACUCACGCCCGGUUCAGGCUGUCAUGGCGGCGGGACGGCAACCCUGCAGUUUCUCCCUGGCCCACCCCAACAGGUGGCAGCAACUCCAGAAUGUGGCAGCUCGCAAGCCUCUUACUGUUGGUGACCAUCUGGGGAACUUCCGGCACACCAGUUCCUCCUGACUCAGUGUUCUCCAGCAGCAAGAGGGCCCACCAGGUUCUGCGGAUCCGCAAGCGUGCCAACUCCUUCCUAGAGGAGAUCCGGGCAGGCAGCCUGGAGCGGGAGUGCAUAGAGGAGAUCUGUGACUUCGAGGAGGCCCAGGAGAUUUUCCAAAAUGUGGAUGACACACUGACCUACUGGUCCAAGUACAUCGACGGGGACCAGUGCGCGGCCCUACCCCCGGGACACCCGUGCGACAGGCCGUGUUGCGGGCACGGCACGUGCAUCGACGGCAUCAGCGCCUUCCGCUGCUACUGCGGCCGCGGCUGGGAGGGUCGCUUCUGCCGGCACGAGGUGAGCUACUUCAACUGCUCGGUGGACAACGGCGGCUGCGCGCACCACUGCCUGGAGGAGGAGGGCGGGCGCCGCUGCAGCUGCGCGCCGGGCUACAGGCUGGGGGACGACCACCUGCAGUGCGAGCCCACAGUGAAGUUCCCUUGUGGGAAGCCAGGGAAGCGACUGGAGAAGAAGCGCAAGCACUUGAAACGUGACACAAACCAAACUGACCAAGUAGAUCCAAGGCUCGUCAAUGGGAAGGAGACCAAAUGGGGAGAGAGCCCCUGGCAGGUGAUCCUGCUGGACUCAAAGAAGAAGCUGGCCUGCGGGGCAGUGCUCAUCCACACCUCCUGGGUGCUGACAGCGGCGCACUGCAUGGAGGACUCGAAGAAGCUCAUCGUCAGGCUUGGGGAGUAUGACCUGCGGCGCUGGGAGAGGUGGGAGAUGGAUGUGGACAUCAAGGAGAUCCUCGUGCACCCCAACUACAGCAAAAGCACCACGGACAAUGACAUCGCACUGCUCCGCCUGGCCCAGCCUGCUAUCCUCUCACAGACCAUUGUGCCCAUCUGCCUCCCAGACAGUGGCCUUGCAGAGCGCGAACUCACCCAGGUGGGCCAGGAGACCGUGGUGACCGGCUGGGGCUAUCGCAGCGAGACCAAAAGAAACCGUACAUUCGUCCUCAACUUCAUCAAUAUCCCCGUGGCCCCACACAAUGAGUGCAUCCAGGCCAUGCACAACAUGAUCUCUGAGAACAUGCUGUGCGCAGGCAUCCUUGGGGACUCACGGGAUGCCUGUGAGGGUGACAGUGGGGGGCCUAUGGUUGCAUCCUUCCGUGGCACCUGGUUCCUGGUGGGCCUGGUGAGCUGGGGCGAGGGCUGCGGGCGCCUCCACAAUUAUGGCAUUUACACUAAAGUCAGCCGCUACCUUGACUGGAUCCACGGCCACAUUAGAGCUGAGGAGGCCUCCCCCGAGAACCAGGUACCUUAGCAUCCCUCAGGCUUGUGUCCGAACCCCAGAGGCCACUCAUGGAAUGGGGGCUGGAUUGCUGAACGGCAAUAUUUGAGACAUUAAAGGGGACAUGUAACAUGCAC